CCGAACCCCGGUGCUUGGGCCGGACGGGACCGAGCCGAGCGCCUGUGCCGCUUGCUCGGGGGACCCGGGGACCGGGGGAUUCCGCAGCCCGAUCCAAGCCCCGACCGCGGGCGUCGCCGCCGCCACCAUGCGCUGGGUCCGGGCGCUGCUGAAGAAUGCGUCCCUGGCAGGGGCGCCCAAGUACAUCGAGCACUUCAGCAAGUUCUCCCCGUCCCCACUGUCCAUGAAGCAGUUCCUGGACUUCGGGUCCAGCAAUGCCUGUGAGAAAACUUCAUUCACCUUCCUCCGGCAGGAGCUGCCGGUACGCUUGGCCAACAUCAUGAAAGAGAUCAACCUGCUUCCUGACCGGGUUCUGGGCACACCCUCAGUGCAGCUGGUACAGAGCUGGUAGGACCCCCUUCCACGCCAUCAUCUGUGUCCCCAGGCAUGGGACAAAAGGGAGGCAUGGGGGCUCUUGGAUGCUGGGGACUUUCCCAGGGAAUCCUAGGCCUGAACAGGGACAAAAGUCGGGCUCUCAGUCUGUAUCUGUGGGAGUGUCUGGGUCUCACCAUCCUCCUUUCUCCAGGAACCCAGGAAGUCAUGUGGCUGUUUUCACAGCCACAAUUAAAUCAUGCUAAUGUCCAUGCUGGCCACUCACCUGGUCCUGCAACCCCAGUCCCUGACAGGUAGUAUCUACUCAGAGUCAUAUCUGAGGAAACAGAGAAACAAGAAACUAAUCUUAGAACAAAUGGUAUCAUCCAAGCUAGCUGUUUGGCUGUUUUGGAAAACAUUGUGUCCACUAGCUUAGUCCCUUCCCAGUGAACUUUAGAGGGCAAAGACCAGA